GCGCAGGGCACUGAAGGCAUUGGGCUGACUGCUACAGAAGCUCCAUCAGAAUCUACAUCAGCUCCAUCCACAACUGACCUUGCUGACUUUCCGGCCACUAGCUUGCCAGUGGUCCAUCAGUGGACAGUGCAACGAGGAACCACGGGUGGUGAUUUCGGCCGUGCCAUGCAGGUGGACGAAUCUGGCAACGUGUUGGUGGCCGGUCAAACCACCGGCAGUUUGGAUGGAAACACCAACGCAGGUGAGAGCGACGUUUUUCUGAUGAAAUUUAACAGCUUUGGCGUCCGUCAGUGGACUGUGCAACGUGGGACUUUGGGCGCCGAUGAGUGUGCUGCCCUGCAGGUGGAUGGCUCCGGAAAUGCCUGGCUGGCUGGGAACACCGAUGACCAGCUGGAUGGAAACACCAAUGCAGGUGAGGCUGACAUUUUACUGAUGAAAAUUGACGGUUCUGGCGUCCAUCAAUGGACGGUGCAACAUGGUGGUUCAGCGCGGGACUUCAGCCAUGCUCUUCAGAUCGAUGGAUCGGGCAACGCUUGGAUAGCGGGACACACAUACAGCUCUUUGGAUGGACACGUCAACGCAGGUGAUGUCGACCUUUUCGUCAUGAAAUUUGACAGCGUCGGGGCCCACCAGUGGACUGCACAACGGGGCGGCCCUGGAGAAGACAUUGCUCAUGCCCUGCAGGUGGAUGCUGCCGGCAAUGCUUGGUUGGCGGGGACUACACGUGGUGAUUUGGAUGGACACGUUGCCUCAGGCGACCUGGACAUUGUUCUCAUGAAAUUUGACGAGAGAGGUGUCCAUCAGUGGACUGUGCUACAUGGUGGUCCUCGAGCUGAUGAGGCUAGAGCACUGCAGGUGGAUUCUUCUGACCAUGCCUGGGUGGCUGGGUACACUGAGAGUUCUCUGGACGGAAACACCAACGCCGGAUCCUUCGACCUGUUCCUGAUGAAAUUCGACAGCAGUGGUGUCCACCAAUGGACCGCACAACGCGGUGGCCCCAUGGGGGAAUAUGCCAAUGUCCUCCAGGUGGAUGGGCGUGGCGCCUGGGUUGCAGGCAGCUUGGAGAGGUCCAUGGGCGGUGGGGACGACACCGACAACAUUUUUCUGGUCCACUUCGACAGCAACGGCGUCCAUCAAUGGACCGUGGAACAUGGCGGUGGCGAUACUGAGGAAUGUUGGGGACUGCAGGUGGAUGGAAACGGCAACGCGUUUCUGGCGGGUUUCGUUGAAGGGCACCUGGAUGGCAAUCCCAGCGCUGGAGAUGCGGACAUUUUUCUGGCGAAGUUCAAGGCAGCAGAUGCAAAUCAAACCAACCUCACGGGGCCUUGUCCCCCAGAGUACUUUGGCAUUGAUUGCUCCAGCGAACGCGUGCAAUUCUUCAGCAACAAUGGCAUUUGCAACCGAGACAGGUCAGAUCCAUCGAUUUGUAAAGGACUGGUGAUUGCCGCCCGGUCACAAGAUAGUACCCACUGCAGCUCAGCACAGAACUGCGAACCUUGGCGCCAGUUGACGUACAUGGUGGGUGUGAUGUUUGAAGCUGAACUAAGCGACAUGAUCGUGGACUUCAUGGCCGUGUUCUUUUGCCUUUUGGCUUGGCGCUUGAAAUGCCGCAACCAGGGCUUCAUGGCUCCCACCAUUUUGCUGGCCACCUUAGUGAGCUUCGUGGCCGACGUCUCGCUGGAAGUUCUCCUGGUGACGUCGGUGGGCGAAGCGGCGGUGGCGGUGGCAACCGUUAAGGAUGCCUUGUGUUUCAGUGCUCCUGGUGAUGGCUACGACAUGCUGGUUUUGCUCAACGAUUUGGCCCACACCAUCACCACCCUGGCCGUGGUGAACAUUUUUAUCGCCCUGGUGGGUGGCUGUGCCGACAUUGCGCAGGCCCGCCGUGAGGUACGAGAACGAUCCUUUGGGGAAACGGUGGUGAUCAUCACCACUAUUGCAGCUGUAGCGGAACUCUUCAUCAGUUUGUCUACCUUCUUCCUGAACACCCUGGAGUUUCUGGCUGUCAUCGAUGCCAUUGAAUCGGCCUCCCUUGGCCUCACCCCGUUGGGAACUGGUGGGGUAUGCUAUGCCAGCAAUCCGAAACUUCCACGACCAGACAGCAGUGGAUUACGCUGGGCUCAGCCGUGGCUCAUCAUCGCACUGCCAUGCACGCUGGUCUUCAGCAUCUACGUCUCCGCACUGGUCUACCUGUCCUGCAGGUCUUCAACAUUCAAAAUCAAGGAUGUUAUUUCGAUUUGA